AUGAUUGUAAACGCCAACGAGCAAUAUCUCAUCACAUUGUUUUCCGGUAACGAUGCCAUGGCGGCACUGAAAAGAAAAACUGUAUACUUCAGAAUCCGGCAAUCAAGCGACCGACAACUUGCGAGCAACACGUUGACCGUCGACGGCGAAAUGAAAACGUUACUUCUUCUUAGCUGCCUCGCAGUGGCGGUGUACUGUGGAUGCAAUGACAAUGUUGAGUCGACUCUUGACAAAUUCCGUAACCGUGAGAUUGAUGACGAGGCUGCCGAACUUGAUGGAGAUGAACUGAUCAACUACGUCAACAACAACCAAGAUUUAUGGAGAGCCAAGAAACAAAGAAGAUUCACAUCUGUUUACGGAGAGAACGACAAAGCCAAGUGGGGAUUGAUGGGUGUCAAUCACGUCCGACUUUCCGUGAAGGGAAAGCAACAUUUGUCGAAGACCAAGGAUCUUGAUAUGGACAUUCCAGAAAAUUUCGAUUCUCGUGAGAACUGGCCAAAGUGUCAAUCUAUCCGAAACAUCAGAGAUCAAUCAAGCUGUGGAUCCUGCUGGGCUUUCGGAGCCGUCGAGGCUAUGUCUGACCGUAUCUGUAUUGCUUCUCAUGGAGAACUUCAAGUCUCACUCUCUGCUGACGACCUUCUCAGUUGCUGCAGAAGCUGCGGAUUCGGAUGCAAUGGAGGAGAUCCAUUGGCUGCUUGGCGUUAUUGGGUGAAGGAUGGUAUUGUCACUGGAUCCAAUUACACUGCUAACAGUGGAUGCAAACCAUACCCAUUCCCACCAUGUGAGCAUCACUCCAAGAAAACUCACUUCGACCCAUGCCCACACGAUUUGUACCCAACACCAAAGUGCGAGAAGAAAUGUAUUGCUGACUACACCGACAAGACUUACUCAGAAGACAAAUUCUAUGGAGCCAGCGCCUACGGAGUCAAGGAUGACGUCGAGGCCAUCCAGAAGGAGUUGAUGACACAUGGACCACUUGAGAUCGCUUUCGAAGUCUACGAAGACUUUUUGAACUAUGAUGGAGGAGUCUAUGUGCACACCGGAGGAAAGCUUGGAGGAGGACACGCCGUUAAGCUCGUUGGAUGGGGAAUUGAGAACGGAAUCCCAUACUGGACAUGUGCCAACUCCUGGAACACUGAUUGGGGAGAGGAUGGAUUCUUCCGUAUUUUGAGAGGAGUCGAUGAGUGUGGAAUUGAAUCCGGAGUUGUUGGAGGCGUUCCAAAGCUCAAUCGUGUUUCUGCAAGACUCCAAAGACACCAUCGUCGCCAUGUUCAUCACUCUGAUAUCGACAACUAA